AUGUGGCAUAGGCCCCAAUUUAGCCAGAUGCAUAUUUUUGUGAAAACCCUCACUGGCAAGGCCAUUACACUUGAGGUUGAGAGCUCAGACACAAUUGAUAACGUUAAGGCUAAGAAUCGAGAUAAUGUCAAGGCCAAGAUCCAAGACAAGGAAGCAGAGAUCUUUGUGAAAACUCUUACUGGCAAGACCAUCACCUUAGAAGUUGAGAGUUCAGAUACCAUUGACAAUGUAAAAGCCAAAAUUCAGGAUAAGGAAGAUUUUUGUAAAAACCCUCACCGGAAAGACCAAAGUGAAGGCGAAAAUACAAGACAAGAUCAGCAGAGAUUGAUUUUUGCUGGGAAACAAUUGGAAGAUGGGCGUACCCUUGCCGAGUACAACAUCUAG